AUGAGAAUGCCUUUCUUUCCCUUUAUUCCGUACCCGCCUGCUAAAGAUGGCUAUUGGGAACCUGUUACCUCCACGUUAAAUUGGUGCGAAGAGGAUUACUAUGCGACAAAAUAUUCAGCGGAAAUCGUCAAUACCCUGACGAAUCUCUUAUUUAUGCUGCUAGGUGUGAAAGGAAUCUUGAGCUGUCGGCGCAAUGGACACGAUGCGAUUUUCGAGGUCGCAUACUAUGGAUAUCUUCUGGUUGGAACAGGCAGCUUCCUGUUUCACUCGACCUUGAAGUAUCCAAUGCAGCUGAUUGACGAACUAUCGAUGAUCUAUACGACUUGCCUGAUGUGCUACGCAUCUUUCUCCUACUCCAAGUCUACGGGUUACCGUAUCUUCCUCGCCAUGUUCCUCUCGUUUCUCGCCAUAUUUAUUACACUUUACUACCAUUACCUUCAGAACCCAGUGUUCCACCAAAAUGCGUACGCCCUAUUAACGGCCAUCGUGCUCCUGCGGAGUAUGUACACCAUGGAGGUCAAACUCCGCCCGUCCUGGAGGCACUCAACCGAGGAGGACCGACUCGCCCGGGAGAAGCAGGGUCUCCCUGUCCUUUCCAAAGAAGAGCAGCACUAUGAGAACGUCCGCGACCUGAAAACGCUGAAGACGAUGUGGUUCAUGGUCGGGCUAGGGUUGGGUGUUUUUUUAGGAGGAUUCGGGAUAUGGAACCUCGACAACCACUACUGCAGCACGAUACGUGUUUGGCGCCGGGAGCUGGGACUCCCGUGGGGUAUUCUGCUUGAAGGCCAUGGCUGGUGGCACUUAAUGACCGGUACCGGUGCAUACUUGUAUAUUGUCUGGGGCAUUUGGCUCCGUCACUGUCUGAACCAGCGGCAAGAAGAGUUCCAUUUGUGGUGGCCGCAUAUAUGGAAUAUCCCCGAGAUUGUGCGAACACCGAUCACAGCGGAUGGCUCGGCGAAGAAGUCGGAAUAA